UCCCUGUAAUUGCUUUAGGUUAUGUCUGGCGAUCAGCGACAUAAGAGUGUGGCGUGGGGACCAAGGCGAGAAGAGAGGACGCGCACGGUCGCUAACGCUGGUCGCAGUGAGGAUGCUGGAGCAUUUGCAGUGUCUGAAGGCUGCUGCCGCAGUGGCGCAACCUGCUCAAGGCUGUGUGACCUUUGAGGACGUGGCUGUUUACUUCUCCCAGGAAGAAUGGGAGCUCCUGGAUGAAGCUCAGAGGCUACUGUAUCUUGAUGUGAUGCUGAAGAACUUUGCACUUAUAACCUCACUAGAUUGUUGGCAUGAAUCAAAGCAUGAAGAAAAUCCUUCUGUACAAUGUGUUUGUGUUGAACUGUCAAAAGCCAGGACUCCAAAGGCAGGUAUACUCAGUGGAAAGACUCACCCCACUGACAUCUGUGUUUCUAUUUUGACAGACAUUUUUCAUCUAGAUGAUCUACCUGGACAAAAACUGUUUUUUGUAGAAGCCUGUUCAAUCCUCCAAGGCCCAAAGCAUCACAGUGCCAAGAGUCCAUUAAGGGGAGAUGUGGAUGGUGACUCCCUUAAGAAAAACUGUGUACUCCAUGAGUCAGGGAAUCACUUCAUCUACAGGAAAAUUAGAAAGAACUUCGCAGCUAGACAGGAACUUCUCCAGUCCCAGAACAGUCCCAAAAAUGAGAAGCCAAAUGAACUCACCAAGUCUGUGGAGGCUAAUGGUAGAAAAAUUCACUUCAAGUCACAAGAAUUCAGAAAACCUUCCAGACACAAACUUAAGCUAGUUCAGCACCCAAGGGUAUGCACUGGAAAAAUGGAUUUUGAACCUAGCAAAUGCAGACAAACCUUAGAAGAUAAAUCUUCACUUACACCAUCCCAGAGAGUUUACACUGUAGAAAGACCAUAUGAGUGUAGUGAAUGUGGAAAAUCCUUUAGCCAAAAGGCCACACUUACUAUACACCAGAGACUUCAUACUGGAGAAAAACCAUACAAAUGUAGUGAAUGUGGAAAGUCAUUCAGUCAAAGCUCCAACCUCACUGAACACUCUAGAAUCCACAGUGGAGAAAGACCUUAUGAGUGUGGGGAGUGUGAGAAAGCCUUUAGAUGCAAAUCCAAUCUGGUUCGGCAUCAGAGGAUUCACACAGGGGAGAGGCCAUAUGAGUGUGACAAAUGUGGAAAAUUGUUCAGGCAAAGCUUCAGCCUUGUUGAACACCAGCGAAUUCACACUACAGCAAGGCCAUAUGAGUGCAACCAGUGUGAAAAAUCCUUUAGUCAACGAGCCACUCUCAUUAUACAUCAGAGAGUUCACACUGGAGAAAGGCCAUAUAAGUGUGGAGAAUGUGGAAAAUCCUUCAGCCAAAGCUCUAACCUUAUUGAACACUGCCGCAUUCAUACUGGAGAAAAGCCUUAUGAGUGUAAGGAGUGUGGGAAAUCCUUUAGCCAAAAAGCUACCCUCAUUAGACACCAGAGAAUUCACACUGGAGAAAGGCCUUAUGAGUGUAGGGAAUGUGGGAAAUUCUUCAGGCAAAACUUCAGCCUCAUUGAACAUGGUAGAAUUCACACUACAACAAAGAUUUAUAAGUGUGGCCAGUGUGGGAAAUCAUUUAGCCAAAAAGCCACCCUUAUCAGACACCAACGAGCUCACACAGGAGAAAGGCCUUAUGAAUGUGGAGAAUGUGGGAAAGCCUUUGGGUACAAAUCCAAACUUGAUCGACAUCAGAGAACUCACACUGGGGAAAGGCCUUAUGAGUGUGCAGAAUGUGGAAAAUUCUUCAGGCAAAGCUACAGUCUUGUUGAACAUCAGAGAAUGCACACUAGCGCAAGGCCUUAUGAGUGUGGACAAUGUGGAAAGUCCUUUAGCCGGAGGGCUGCCUUUAUUAAACACCAGAGAAUUCACACUGGGGAAAGACCUUACACAUGCGGUGAGUGUGGGAAAACCUUCAGCCGAAGUACCAGCCUUAUUCAACAUUGCAGAAUUCACACUGGGGAAAGGCCCUAUGAGUGUGGCCAGUGUGGGAAAUCAUUCAGGCAAAAUUGUAAGUCUCUGCUCAUCCGACACCGGAGGAUACACACGGGAGAAAAGCCUUUUAAGUGCAGCGAAUGUGGGAAGUCCUUCAUCCAAAAUGCUGAUCUGAAUCAACACUGUAAAGUUCACACGGGAGAAAAGCCUUUUAAGUGCAGUGAAUGUGGGAAAGAGUUCAAACAUAACCGUUCCCUUGUUGGGCAUCAGAGAAUUCACACUGGAGAAAGGCCAUAUAAGUGCAACCAGUGUGGGGAUUCAUACAUGAACAGGUCUAGCCUCAUGCAGCACUAUCGGGUUCACACUGGAGAGAAGCCUUACAAAUGCAGUGACUGUGGGAAAUCAUUUAAGGAAAGGUCCAGCCUCGUUUAUCAUGCCCGAGCGCACACUGGAGAGAGACCUUUUGAGUGCAGGGAAUGUAAGAAGUGUUUUAAAAAGAACUCGCACCUCACGAAACACCUAAAAGUUCACAGCAUAGGAAAACCUUUUAAGUGUAAUGUGUGUGCGAGAGUCUUUACUGCGAAGUACAGCCUCAUUAAACAUCAGAGAUUUCACACUGCAGCCAAGCAUCAUGAGUGCAAGGAAUGUGGGAAAGUGUUUUGCUACAGGACUGGACUUUCUAGACACCGGAAGACUCAUACCGAAAGUAGUAGUGAGGGCAGUGAACAUGGGAAAUCUUCAUGAUCUACCCUAUCCAUGCAAGAGAAUGUUCACUGGAAGAAAAUCAAGAAUGUCUCCCCCCCCACACACACUUCUAUCCUGUUUAACUGAAGAGGCCAUGGUGCUGGGAUACAUCAUGAACCCACUGACUGUGGGAAGGCUCUUGAGCAAAGGUCUGCUCAUAGCAACAGACACAUGGCCCAGAUAGGGUUGUGAAUGCAGAGGAUGCAGAGAGACUUCAGCCACUGGCCAACCUUGCCAAGCCGUGGAAGUGAACCUGACUUUAACAGAAGUCCUGAGAGUGGCCUUUGUGAAGAAGCCAGCCAUUGGAAGUUACUCAUCAAAUAAGAACAUUGGGACAAGAUGAUUAUUGCCAUCUUCCAAUUCCUAAGGACUUAAUGCCUUCUGGAGAAUUUAGCAAGAGGAAACCCUGCAUUCUUGACUACACCAGUGUGAAGUGGAGUUUCCCUGUGACGGAGUUUGAAUGUGGCAGAAACAGAGUGGUCUCCAUCUAAAUAAGACAUAUUUUUGUUGUUGUUUUGGCUGCUCACUUGCUUUUCUUUUCUUUCUUUCACUGAAUGUUGCAGUCCCUGGCGUGAAUGACUGUUGUAAGGUCUUCAUGACCAUUGUGCUCCUAAGUGUCACUAGUUUUGUAGGGGAACAGCUCUGUGUAGCACCAUAUGCUCUCCUGUAAAAGUGCAGCCUUUAUGUUUUAGGUAUUUGUUGCGUUUUCAGGUGUGAGUAUUUGGUCUGCAUAUAGUUAUAUACCCUGAGUACAUGCCUGGUGACUAUGAAGGCUCAAAAAAGAUAUUGGAUACCCGUAACUAGAAUUACAGAUGGUUAUGAACCAGUGUGUUUUUUGAAAAUGGAACCCAGGUCUGCAAGAGCAGCAUGUGGUCUCACACUGGGCCCUUUCUCCAGCCCAUGUUUUAAGUUUUUAAAAAGUUACUAGAUGAGGGCUAGAGAGAUGACACAGAGCUUAAGAGCACUGGCUGGCCUUCCAGAGGUCCUGAGUCCAAUUCCCAGUAACCACUUGGUGGCUCACAACCACCUAUAAUGAAAUCUGGUGCCCUCUUCUGGCUUGCAGGCACACAUGCAGGCAGAACACUGUAUUGCAUAAUAAAUACAUCUUUUAAAAAGUUACUAGAUUCUGUUCUAAGUGGUUGUGCAUUUCACAUUUCCUCCUGGAGUAUAUCAGAUGCCAGUUUGUCACAUCUCCCCUGAUGAUUUGUAAGUUGUGAGGUGUUUACUUGAAUCAUUUUAAUAGUUCUGCAGUAGCAUUCAUUGUAGUGUUAAUUUUGCAUUAUUCUUGUAUUAUUGUAAAGAUUUGCCUAAUUUUGUGGGUUUGUGUUAGAGCCUCCAUGUAUGUGUGUGCACCACAGGCAUGUCCACUACCCUUGUGGGUCCUUGUGAAUUUCUAUGUGGAUCAUGGUAAUAAAACCAAGGUUUUCUGCAAGAACAGCAGCUGCUGUUAG